AUGAAGGCCUGCAGGAAACAGUGGCUCAUGCCUCAUUUUGAAGCAUUGGCUAAUCGAGCUGCUACAACUGGUCAUGUUAUUGAUAUCUAUGCCUGUGCAUUAGAUCAGACAGGUCUUCUGGAGAUGAAAUGCUGUCCCAACCUUACUGGAGAUGUGGUUUGUAGUUCUGAGAACCAACCACAAGAAGUUCGCCUCCUUUUCUCUCGAGUGACAACCACAGAAGUUCCCACCGUCUCUACUGCAGCAGGGAGCGGGCACGCAUCCCGGGGAAGGCCGCUUGUACUCGCGCCCCUGGUCCUCCGCCGCUCCCCUGACCCUGGCACAGAGAGAACUAUUUUCGUUCGCUUCCAUGCCCAGGCGGGCACUUCCGCCCCGCCCCCUCCCCGCCCCUUGACGUGGCAGAGGCGGCACCAGCCAUGUUGGCCGGGCCGAGGUCUACUCAGAGGCCGGGGGCGGGGCGGCGCCGGCCCUGAUUGCGGUGCCACCGGUGCUCCGGCUCCGCGGAGAGGGCAGACUUUGCAGGUCGGAGGCGCGGAUCUCGUAGCAGGGGCGCUGCGGAAUAAGAACCAAGCUCCUACAAUGACAACCUAUUUGGAAUUUAUCCAACAAAAUGAAGAGCGAGAUGGAGUUCGGUUUAGUUGGAAUGUCUGGCCAUCAAGUCGACUGGAGGCUACAAGAAUGGUUGUCCCAGUGGCAGCUCUGUUUACGCCACUAAAAGAGAGACCUGAUUUACCACCCAUUCAAUAUGAGCCUGUUCUGUGCAGUAGGACUACUUGCCGAGCAGUUUUGAAUCCUUUAUGUCAGGUGGAUUAUCGAGCAAAACUCUGGGCUUGCAACUUUUGUUAUCAAAGGAAUCAGUUUCCACCUACUUAUGCUGGGAUAUCUGAGCUGAAUCAGCCUGCUGAACUUUUACCUCAGUUUUCUAGUAUUGAAUAUGUAGUUCUGCGUGGUCCUCAGAUGCCUUUGAUAUUCCUCUAUGUGGUUGAUACCUGCAUGGAAGAUGAAGAUUUACAAGCCUUGAAAGAAUCCAUGCAGAUGUCUUUAAGUCUCUUACCACCUACAGCGUUGGUUGGACUUAUUACUUUUGGGAGAAUGGUGCAGGUUCAUGAACUUGGAUGUGAAGGUAUUUCCAAAAGCUAUGUCUUCAGGGGAACAAAAGAUCUGUCUGCCAAACAACUGCAGGAAAUGCUGGGGCUCUCUAAAGUACCAGUUACUCAAGCAACACGUGGUCCUCAGGUACAGCAGCCACAUCCUUCCAAUAGAUUCUUACAGCCAGUACAGAAAAUAGACAUGAAUCUCACAGAUCUUCUGGGAGAACUUCAGCGAGACCCUUGGCCUGUACCACAGGGAAAGAGACCUUUGCGUUCUUCAGGAGUGGCACUUUCCAUAGCUGUAGGACUACUGGAGGUAAUGAUGAUGAAUUUGUUUUGGAAUGUAAAUGUGUGUGUGUGUGUACUUACAAGGAUUCAGGAAAAAACUUCAGUGAUUUUUCUUCUAUUACUCAUUAUUUAACAUAGUCAUCUCAAAUGUGUGGAGGUUUUUCCCCUACACA